AUUUAAUGCAUUGAGAAAUUUGACGGUUAAACACGAUUUAUUACUCAAUCCCAAAUAUAUCACAGUGGAUUUUGAAUUGGGAGCUAUCAAUGCUUUAAAAAUCAUUUUUCCAAAUUCAGUCAUCAAAGGGUGCAAUUUUCAUUUCAACCAAUGCCUAUUACAAAAACUGAAAGAAUUAGGCUUUCAAAAACAAUAUAAUGAUUCAGAUGAUAAUGACUUAGAAAGUGUUAAAACAUUAUUUCAACGUACAGCUGCAUUAUCAUUCAUGCCAUUAGAUGAAAUUGACGCUUUAUGGUGUUCAAUAAUGGAUGAUUAUUCACAUAUAAAUUAUUACGAUUUUCCUGGCGCCAGAACGAACAAUUCAGUUGAAGGAUGGCAUCAUCGGCUAAACUCACAAAUUGGUGUCAUCCAUCCAAAUUUAUAUUUAUUCAUUAAAGAAAUAAAAGAUGACUACGCAUUCAAUGUAGCAAGUGUGAAGCAAGCUGCGGCUCAACAAAGAAAAGUACCACGGCGGAAAAUUUAUGCAAUCAGAAAUGCACGGAUUUUGGAUUUAAUGGAACGUUAUAAAAAAGGCACAUUAACUAAGGAUGAUUAUCUAUCAAAAAUUAGUAAAACAAUUGAUUCAACAUAUUCAUUCGAGAGGGAAAAAGGUUUUAUAGAAGAGAUUAGAAAUCUUUCAUUAGUGUAUAUCAAUGAUCUAUAUGAUAUAGUUAUGAAAUUAUUAUGUCCCAUUUACGGUCGUCCAAUACCCAAUGAUUUAAGAAUAAAAAUCCAUCAUCUAUUAAAUUUUUAUUAUGAAUAUAAACAUAUUAGUUAUACACCAGAAUAUCUUCAAAAAAAUCUCGAUGAACCAUGUCAACCAGUUCAUAUGGAUGGUGUGUUAGCAUUAAAAUUAAACUUUUGGCCACAAGAAUGUCAAUCGUUUUUAAAACGUAUAAAAAUGAAUCGACCACAAUUAUAUGAAAUAAUCAUAGU